AUGUCUGUGGGCGCAGAAAGAAGGAUGGAGACCCGGCUGAAGAAGCUAGAGGACAUAAUACGUGAUCCCAGGUCUGCCAUAAACCUGGAAAGUUUGCUGGAUUCCAUGAACGCUCUAGUCUUGGACCUGGACUACCCCGCGCUACGCAAAAACAAAAACAUCGAUACUUUCCUAAACAGAUACGAAAGGGUCAUCGGACAGAUUCGGGAUCUGCAGAUGAGAUCAGAGGAUUUUGAUAGAGUUAAAGUUAUUGGUCGAGGAGCGUUUGGUGAAGUCCAACUGGUUAGGCACAAAGCAUCGCAGAAAGUCUACGCCAUGAAGCUGCUCAGCAAAUUUGAAAUGAUCAAACGUUCAGAUUCUGCUUUUUUCUGGGAGGAGAGGGACAUCAUGGCAUUUGCAAACAGCCCCUGGGUUGUGCAGCUGUGCUGCGCGUUCCAAGACGAGCACUAUCUGUACAUGGUGAUGGAGUACAUGCCCGGAGGAGACUUGGUAAACCUCACCAGCACGUACGACGUUCCAGAGAAGUGGGCCCGGUUCUACACAGCUGAGGUGGUCAUGGCUCUCGACGCUAUUCACUCCAUGGGCUUCAUCCACCGCGACGUCAAACCAGACAACAUGCUGCUCGACCGCCACGGACACCUCAAACUGGCCGACUUUGGCACGUGCAUGAAGAUGAACGCUAAUGGGAUGGUGCAUUGUGACACAGCUGUAGGAACGCCCGAUUACAUUUCUCCAGAAGUUUUAAAAUCCCAGGGAGGAGACGGUUCUUAUGGAAGAGAAUGUGACUGGUGGUCUGUUGGGGUCUUCAUUUACGAAAUGCUUGUUGGUGACACGCCUUUUUAUGCGGAUUCACUGGUGGGAACUUACAGUAAAAUUAUGGACCAUAAAAAUUCCCUCAACUUUCCAGACGAUGUGGAUAUCUCUAAUAAUGCCAAAAAAAUCAUCUGUGCCUUUUUGACUGACAGGGACGUUCGAUUAGGUCGGAACGGGGUAGAAGAAAUCAAGAGGAAUAAUUUUUUUGUGAAUGAUGUCUGGACGUUUGACACCAUUCGAGAAGCGGACGCCCCUGUGAUCCCGGAGCUGAGCAGUGACAUUGACACCAGUAACUUUGACGAGAUCGAAGAAGACAAAGGCGACGUGGAAACCUUCCCCACUCCUAAAGCUUUUGUUGGAAACCAGUUGCCUUUCGUCGGCUUCACGUACUUCAAAGAGGAUCAGCUUUUAAUUGCAUCAAAUAAUUCAUCUGUAGCGCAGGAAAAUUCCAAAGGAGAGUCGGCAGCUUUGCAAAAGAAACUCAGUCAAAUUGAAGUAGAGUUAAACAAUGAGAAGCAAGUCAAAGAUGAUUUUGAACAUAAAUACAGAUCUGCCAGUAGUCGUCUGGAGAAAAUCACCAAAGACCUUGAAGAAGAGGUCAGCACUCGGAAAAGUCUGGAGUCGAGUAUGAGGCAGUUGGAGCGGGAGAAAGCACUGCUGCAGCACAAGACCCUGGAGAGCCACCGCAAAGCCGAGAACGAGGCCGACCGAAAACGCUGCCUGGAAAACGAAGUAAACAGUCUCCGGGACCAAUUGGAGGACAUGAAGAAGCGCAACCAAAACUCACACAUUUCCAAUGAGAAGAAUAUCCACCUACAGAAACAGCUCGAAGAAGCAAAUACUUUGCUACGUGCCGAGUCUGAGACGGCGACUCGACUGCGGAAAACUCAAGCUGACAACAGCAAACAGCUGCAGCAGCUGGAGGCCACUGUGCGUGAGCUGCAGGACAAGUGCUGCAUCCUGGAGCGGAGCAAACUGGGCCUGGAGAAGGAGAGCAUCGGUCUGCAGGCGGCGCUGGAGUCUGAGAGGAGGGAGCACAGCCAGGGCUCCGAGACCAUCACCGACCUCACGGCACGCAUUUCUAGCUUAGAAGAGGAAGCUCGUCAACAGAGACAAUCCAUGUCUAAACUGGAGACGGAGAAGCGGCAACUUCAAGAGAAAUUUAACGAACUUGAGAAGGAAAAAAGCAAUAAGGAGAUCGACCUAACCUACAAGCUGAAGGUAGUGCAGCAGGAGCUUGAGCAGGAGGAGACCGCACACAAAGCCACCAGAGCCAUGCUGGCGGAUAAAAGCAAGAUCAAAGUCACUAUUGAGGGAGCCAAGUCGGAGUCUACGAAGGAAUUGGAGCAGAAGUUGGCGGAGGAGCGCUCGGCCAAAAUGCGUCUGGAAAACCGUAUCCUUGAGCUGGAGAAGAACAGCAACAUGAUGGACUGUGACUACAAACAAGCGCUGCAGAAACUGGACGAGCUGCGCCGGCACAAGGACAAUCUCACAGAGGAGGUGAAGAAUCUGUCGUUGAAGAUCGAGCAGGAGACGCAGAAGCGCAGUUUGACUCAGAACGACCUGAAGGCGCAGAACCAGCAGCUGAACUCACUGAGGACCUCUGAGAAACAACUCAAGCAGGAGCUCAACCACCUGCUGGACAUGAAGCGCAGCCUCGAGAAACAGAACCAGGAGCUGCGCAAGGAAAGACAAGACACAGACGGACAAAUGAAGGAGCUUCAAGACCAGCUAGAAGCCGAGCAGUAUUUCUCUACACUGUACAAGACACAAGUGCGUGAACUGAAGGAGGAGUGCGAGGAGAAGAACAAGCUUCAUAAAGACGUUCAACAGUCGCUGCAGGAGCUACAAGAAGAACGGGAUUCGUUGGCGGCGCAGUUGGAACUCACGCUGACGAAGGCGGACUCGGAGCAGCUGGCCCGGUCCAUCGCGGAGGAGCAGUACUCAGACCUGGAGAAGGAGAAGAUCAUGAAGGAGCUGGAGCUGAAGGAGAUGAUGGCGCGACACCGACAGGAGCUCGGAGAAAAGGACAUCACCAUCAACUCGCUGGAGGAAGCCAAUCGCACCCUCACCAGUGAUGUCGCCAAUCUAGCCAAUGAAAAAGAGGAGCUCAACAACAAAUUGAAAGAUAUGCUCGAAGAAUCUGAGAAGUCGAAGGAUUGGGAGCAACAGAUCAGCCAAAUGAAACAAGCGUUUGAAAAGCAGCUGCAGUCGGAGAGGACGCUGAAAACCCAGGCCGUCAAUAAACUGGCGGAGAUCAUGAACAGGAAGGAGAUGCGCGGAGGAGGCAGUCGCCGCGGCAACGACACAGACAUGAAGCGAAAGGAGAAGGAGAACAGGAAGUUGCAGCUGGAGCUGAGGUCAGAGAAGGAGAAGCUCAACAGCACCAUCAUCAAAUACCAGAGAGAGAUCAACGAGAUGCAGGCGCAAUUGGCUGACGAGAGCCAGAACCGCGUUGAGAUGCAGAUGGCUCUGGACAGUAAAGACAGUGACAUCGAGCAGCUGAGGAACCUCCUGCAGUCGCUCAGUGUCCAGUCCAUGGACACCACCAGCAUCAGCAGCGGCCCAGAGUUCGACACUGACGACGCAUUCACAGAAACCAGGCUUGAAGGUUGGCUGUCACUUCCUGUCAGAAACAACACUAAGAAGUUUGGUUGGGAGAAGAAGUACGUGGUUGUGAGCAGUAAAAAGAUACUAUUCUACAACAGUGAACAAGACCGAGAGCAGUCCCUUCCCUACAUGGUUCUGGAUAUAGACAAACUAUUUCACGUGAGACCGGUCACACAGACGGACGUGUACAGGGCAGAUGCCAAAGAAAUCCCUCGAAUAUUCCAGAUCCUCUAUGCCAACGAAGGGGAGAGUAAAAAGGAGAGCGAGGAGCAGCUUCCCAUCGGGGAGAAGUCCAGCUACAUCUGCCACAAAGGCCAUGAGUUCCUGCCCACAUUGUACCACUUCCCCACCAACUGUGAAGCCUGCACCAAACCUCUGUGGAACAUGUUCAAGCCUCCGCCCGCGCUGGAGUGCCGCCGCUGCCACAUCAAGUGCCACAAGGACCACAUGGACAAGAAGGAGGACAUCGUCGCACCGUGUAAAGUCAAUUAUGACGUGUCCACGGCCAAGAACCUGCUGGUGCUGGCGGUGUCGCAGGAGGAGCAGCAGAAGUGGGUGAGUCGCUUGGUGAAGAAGAUCCCAAAGAAAGCAGCCACAGGAGAACAGUUUGCACGGUCCUCGCCACGCUCCACCAUGAAGGUCCAGGCCAGUCAGUCCAUGAGGAGGCCCAGCCGUCAGCUCCCCACCAGCAAGAGCAGUUAA